UUACUUAGCCAAGUUCACCUCUAUGAUUCCGACAGUUGGUUCGUUGUGACCAUCUCGCACCAUCCUCUUACAAACCAACUGUAGACAUGGCGGAUAAAGAGAAGAAGAAGAAGACUAAAAAGAAGGAGGAGGCAGCGGCAGCUCCUCCUCCUGAACCGGAACCAGCUCCAGCUCCAGCGGAGGAGAAACCACCAACUCCAACUGGUACACCUAAAGAAUCUGGUUCAACUAGAGCAAGCAGUCGUGGUAGCCGCAAAGCAAAACGCAGUGGUUCCAGUGUGUUUUCUAUGUUCACACAGAAACAAGUCGCUGAAUUUAAGGAGGCAUUCCAACUUAUGGAUGCAGACAAAGAUGGUAUAAUUGGAAAGAACGACCUCCGUCAGACAUUUGAUAAUGUGGGUCGUCUCGUUACUGAUAAAGAACUUGACGAGAUGUUAAACGAAGCACCUGUGCCCAUCAACUUUACCCAGUUGCUAAAUCUGUUUGCAACUCGUAUGUCGGGAUCAGGUACGGAUGAUGACGAAACUGUAAUUGCCGCCUUCAAUACCUUUGAUGUAAAUGGUAAAAUUGAUGGUGAGAGAUUGAGGCACGCUUUGAUGACAUAUGGUGACAAAUUUACUUCGAAAGAAGUCGACGAUGCAUAUGAUAACAUGUACAUUGACGACAAAGGGUUCAUUGACACACAAAGCCUUAUCGGAAUGUUGACUGGUACGGCUGAAGAUGAGGAGGAAUAAUUUUAAGUGAUUUUCAGCGUAAAAAAAACUGUUGAAUCUCUGUUCAUUAAACAUGAAGUCUCGUGUUAGCGUCAGAUUCUCUUGAUCUGCUUCUAAAGAACAACGUGUAAAUUAUUCCCUUUAUUUUAUUCUUCGAUAAGAAAGUUGUUUCUUAAGGGAAAUAUUCAAUACUUGAAAUAAUUAAAUAACAGACAAUUGUAGAAUAUUUUCUUGGAAGUAGAAACAGAGAAUUUGUCGAUAAACGAGACUUUGAAUCUCCAUAUUAUUGUUCAUAUAAUAAAAAUACUUUAAACUUUA